CACGUACUCUAUGAACUAUCAUAGUUCAACUAUAAUCCAAACUUUUGAAGAUUUUGGCUUACAUUUUAUAUUUAAAACAAAAAACAUAAACUUUUUGAGUUUUUAGACCAAUUCCUUAACAAAAAGACAAUAUAUGGACAGUAUCAAAGUACUAGUUUAUUGCUUUCUUCUCUUCCAUUUCAUACCAACUUUCAAUGCCUUGGAAACCAUUGUUUCAGGACAAUCAAUCAAAGACAAUGAGACACUAAUCUCAAAAGAUGGAACUUUUGAAGCUGGUUUCUUCAACUUUGGAAAUUCAAAUAACCAAUAUUUUGGUGUAUGGUACAAGAAUAUUUCACCAAAGACUCUUGUUUGGAUAGCAAACCGAGAUGUUCCACUAGGAAACUCAUCAGGAGUUUUGAAUCUCACAGAUAAAGGAACUCUUGUUAUUGUUGAUUCCAAAGAGGUUACGAUAUGGUCAUCUAAUACAUCAACGACGACAUCAAAACCAAGUUUGCAGCUCUUGGAAAGUGGAAAUCUUAUUGUAAAAGAUGAAAUCGACCCGGAUAAAAUUUUGUGGCAAAGUUUUGAUCUUCCUGGUGACACUUUGCUCCCAGGUAUGAGUAUUAGAACAAACUUAGUAAAUGGUGAUUAUAAAGGUUUGGUAUCUUGGAGGGAUACACAAGAUCCUGCUACUGGUUUGUAUUCAUAUCAUAUAGAUACUAAUGGUUAUCCUCAAGUAGUGAUUACAAAAGGAGAUACAUUAUUCUUUAGAAUAGGUUCAUGGAAUGGAAGAAUUUUAUCAGGAAUUCCUUCUGAGACACUUUACAAAGCCUAUAACUUUUCAUUUGUGAUUACUGAGAAGGAAAUUUCUUAUGGAUAUGAACUUUUGAACAAGUCUGUUGUUUCAAGAUACUUGGUAUCUUCAACUGGUCAAAUAGCGCGAUACAUGUUGUCGGAUCAGACAAAUAGUUGGCAACUUUUCUUUGUCGGACCUGCAGACAGUUGUGAUAAUUAUGCUAUCUGUGGUGCAAAUUCUAACUGUGAUAUUGAUAAGUCACCAGUAUGUGAAUGUCUUGAAGGUUUCGUUCCAAAGUCUCAAGCAAACUGGAGUUUACAAAAUUGGUCGGAUGGUUGUGUUAGGAAAGUGAAGUUAGAUUGUGACAACAAUGAUGGCUUUUUGAAGCAUAUGAGAAUGAAGUUGCCAGACACAUCAAAAUCUUGGUUUAAUAAGAGCAUGAACCUCGAAGAAUGUGAGCGAUUCUGUAUCAGAAACUGUUCUUGUACAGCAUAUGCAAAUUUAGAUGUCAGAGAUGGUGGAAGUGGCUGCUUGCUUUGGUUUAAUAACAUUUUGGAUGUCAGAAAAUUACCCUCUGGAGGGCAAGACCUUUACAUAAGAGUUGCAGAUUCAGCUUCAGCUUCAGAACUAGAUUUUGGUGUGUUGAUUGACAGUACUUUUAACCUAUCAGACCAUAAUACAGGCUUGAACAAGAAGAAGCUUGCAGGAAUUCUAGUGGGCUGUAUUGUGUUUAUUGCGAUCAUACUGAUAAUAUUGGUAGUGUCCAUACAUCGUGUUCGGAGGAAGAAACUAGACAAGCCAGGGAAGAAUUACGAUUUUAACUUGAAGAAUCACACCGACAACAAAGAGAAUGAAGAAAUUGACAUACCAAUAUUUGAUUUAUCAAUCAUAGCUAAUUCAACCAAUAACUUCUCUGUUGAUAACAAAUUGGGGGAAGGAGGAUUUGGACCAGUUUACAAGGGUAACUUGGAAAAUGGACAAGAUAUAGCUGUGAAAAGGCUUUGCAAUACUUCAGGACAAGGACCAAAGGAAUUCAUAAAUGAAGUUAAGCUAAUUGCGAAUCUUCAGCACAGAAAUCUUGUGAAACUAAUCGGCUGUUGCAUUCAUGAUGAUGAGAGACUACUGAUAUAUGAAUUCAUGAUCAACAGAAGCUUGGACUACUUCAUUUUUGAUCAAACUAGGAGAAGUUUACUGCAUUGGACUCAACGAUUCCAAAUUAUCUGUGGAAUUGCUCGAGGCCUUCUUUAUCUUCAUGAAGAUUCUAGAUUAAGGAUUAUCCACAGAGAUCUCAAGACCAGCAACAUUCUUCUAGACGAAAAUAUGAUUCCUAAAAUAUCAGACUUUGGUCUUGCUAGAACAUUAUGGGGAGAUGAAGCAAAAGGGGUAACAAGAAGAGUAGUAGGAACUUAUGGUUACAUAUCUCCAGAGUAUGCAGCACGUGGAUUUUUCUCGGUGAAAUCUGAUGUCUUUAGUUUUGGUGCUAUUAUACUAGAGAUAAUUAGUGGAAACAAGAACAGGGAAUAUUGUGACUAUCAUGGCCUUGAUCUUCUUGGAUAUGCAUGGAGAAUGUGGUCCGAAAAAAUGCAGUUGGAACUGAUAGAUGAAUGUCUAGGCGAUUCGAUUGCUGUAGCUGAACCUGAAAUAUUGAGAUGUAUUCAAAUAGGACUUUUAUGUGUUCAAGAGAGAUCUGAUGAUAGGCCAGACAUGUCAGCAGUAGUUCUAAUGCUGAAUGGUGAGAAAGCAUUGCCUAAUCCAAAGGAACCAGCCUAUUAUCCACGCCAACCUGGCUCUUCAUCAGAGAAUAGUAAGCUGCAUUCAAACAAUGAAGUUUCCAUGACAUUGCCACAAGCAAGAUAGUCUAUUAUAUGUUAUUGCGUAUAGAAGCACUAAACUACCAAAGGAACAACUCUUGGUAAAAGAUUUUCUUUCCGUCUUUGUAUAUAUUUAUUAUAGUUGUCUUCGUACCUGUGUUAAGCUUCAAUCGAUUGAGAGUGUUAACAGAAUGAUCAGAGGCUUAGUAUGCAUGUUUGGUA